AUGGCAGCAUCAAAGCGUUCGCAAAGUACCAGCAUUGAGACAACUUGUCAUCUUAAGUCACCCAAGGUUUCUCAGGUCUUUGAUUAUUUUGUGGUCAUAGAUUUUGAGGCUAUCUGUGACAAGGAUAAAAUACCCCACCCUCAAGAGAUAAUUGAGUUUCCAUCAGUCAUAGUGAGUGGUGUCACAGGUCAAAUAGAAACAUACUUUCGGACAUUUGUGAGGCCUACACAUAAUCAGAUUUUGACUUAUUUCUGCAAGGAUUUGACCGAUAUACAACAAAAUCAGGUCGACGGUGGAGUUACAUUGUUUGAAGCUCUACUCAUGCAUGAUGAAUGGCUUGAAAUCAGUGGAAUAAAGAACUCCGACUUUGUUGUUGUCACAUGGUCUAACUGCGAUUGUGAGGUAAUGAUUGAAUCUGAAUGCAAAUUCAAGAAGAUACCAAAGACUGCUUAUUUCAACCGGUGGAUCAACCUAAGGGUUCCUUUCCAUGAGGUAUUUGGUGAUAUGAGGUGCAAUCUAAAGAAGGCUGUUGAGAUAAUGGGAGGGUCGUGCUCAUUCUGUACUUGA